UCUAAACUUCUCUCUCACUGCCAUUUCGAAGCUUCGGCUAUCCUUCUCUCUCACUGCCAUUUCGUGGCGACCGGAACGAAACGAAACGAAACGAAACGGAGGUCGUUCGAGAACCGUAGCGCGAUGAUGCUCCUGGUGGUGAUCUCCCUCCUCUGUGCCGCCGUCGCCUCCGGUUCAGACGUUGGAGGCGGCAGCCGGAGGGUCCUCCACCAGCCGCUGUACCCCAUCCAGUGGACCCCCCCGCCGCCCCCUCAGGAAUUCUUGGACCCGCCGCCGGACGACUCGAGCCCCUUCUUCCCUGGCGUCCCCUCCCCGCCGGCUGCCUCCACCCAGACCCCCGCCGCCGCGACCGCCACCUCCACCACUUCAUCUCCAUCUUCUGGGUCCAAGAAGGCCGCCGCAGUCGCGGCUUCUGUCUCGGUCGCCGUCCUCGCGGUCCUGUUUUUGUCGGGGUUCUUCUUGUAUCGGCUGCGGAGGGCUAGGAGAUCGCCGGACACUGGGAAGCUCAUGGGCCCCGACGAUAACGGCGGUCGGCAGGAGGGCCGCCCAGCUUCUGCCGCCGCGCCGGAUUUCCUCUAUUUUGGCACCAUGGGCACGCGGUCGGCGGCGGCGUCGGGCCGCACGAGGAGCAGCGAAUUGAACGGAUCACCUUACCGGAAGCUCGGGACGGAGCGGGUGCUGGAAAUGCAUCACCCGAGCCCCGACCUUCAGCCUCUGCCGCCGCUGAACGCGACAGUUUCGCGGAAGGGGAUGGUCCCUCCGCCGAUGGCGUCCUCCGAUGACGAUACCUUCUAUACUCCGCAGCGGUCGGUGGCGUCCGCCACCACCGAGAGCCCAAGUAGUCCGGUCUCGCGGCUGAGCCUCCCUAGUAUGAGCAGCGGCAGGAAGGAACACUUGGUUCCGGCGGUGGGGGACUCCGCUCCUCGCUCCCGGAGGUCUUCCCCUCGAAUGCAGCUCGCUAAUUACCCGAGUUCUGAAGUCAAACAGAUGAUCCCACCAACCAACCAACAACCUCCGCCACCGCCACCGCCGCCGCCCCCUCCCCCACCACCACCACCGCCGCCGCCGCCCCCACCUCCGCCAACAUCCACAAUAGAUAAUAUCACCAGGAAUCCACCAACCCCUCCGCCACCGCCGCCUCCACCACCGGCUACUGAAGCCGUGAGAAAAAUUGAACAGCCAAUUAAAGCCCCGGUAGCACCAAUUGCUCCAUCUUCAAGGCGUCGACUGCUGAAUCCCCUGCCUCCUGAAGCUACGCGGAUCAACAUACCGCUUCCUCCCUCGAAGCUGGGCAACGGAGUCCCUGCCAGUUCUUCAAGGCGAAAUGACGAGGCGGGGGAGGAUUUGGAGGGUGAUGCGAAGCCCAAGUUGAAGCCCCUUCACUGGGACAAAGUUAGAGCGAGUUCCGAUCGGGCAAUGGUCUGGGACCAAUUGAAGUCAAGCUCAUUUCAAUUGAAUGAGGAUGUAAUUGAGACUCUAUUUGUCAACAAUGCCACAACUUCUAUUCCUAAUGAUGCAAGCAGAAGACGGGGUGUGCUGCCAUUCAAGCAGGAGAACAGAGUGUUAGAUCCAAAGAAGUCACAGAACAUUGCAAUACUUUUGAGGGCAUUGAAUGUUACAAGAGAGGAGGUCUCUGAAGCACUUUUAGAUGGUAAUCCUGAAUGUUUAGGAGCCGAGCUUUUGGAAACUUUGGUCAAGAUGGCUCCCACAAAGGAGGAAGAACUAAGACUACGUGAUUACACAGGUGACAUAUCAAAGCUAGGUUCAGCUGAGCGCUUUCUAAAAGCAGUUCUGGAUAUACCAUUUGCCUUCAAAAGAGUGGAUGCCAUGCUAUAUAGAGCUAAUUUUGAGACAGAAGUCAAUUACCUAGUGAAAUCUUUUGAGACCUUAGAGGCAGCAUGUGGAGAUCUAAGAAAUAGUAGACUAUUCCUUAAACUCCUGGAAGCUGUAUUGAGGACUGGAAACAGGAUGAAUGUGGGAACCAACCGAGGUCAAGCGCAAGCCUUCAAGCUAGAUACUCUUCUAAAACUCGCAGAUGUAAAAGGGACUGACGGGAAAACCACACUUCUGCAUUUUGUUGUUCAAGAGAUCAUUCGGUCGGAAGGAUCAGUUAAUAAAUCAACAUCGGAGAAUCCUUCUAGCAAUGCCAGAGAAGAACCAUUUAAGAAACAAGGGUUGAUAGUGGUGGCUGGGUUGAGCAGUGAGCUUGGUAACGUCAGAAAGGCAGCUGGAAUGGACUCAGAUGUUCUCAGCAGUUACGUCUCAAAGCUAGAAACGGGGCUUGAGAAGAUGAAGUCAGUAUUACAACUUGAGAAGUCAUGCACACAAGGUAUGAAAUUUUUUGAGAUGAUGAAGAUAUUUCUUAAUGAGGCCGAAAGGGAGAUCAAUCGUGUUAAGGCUGAGGAGAAGAGGGUGAUGAACCUGGUAAAGGAAACUACAGAGUACUUCCACGGGGGUGCUGCAAAGGAGGAAGCUCACCCUCUUAGGAUCUUCAUGGUGGUGCGGGACUUCCUCUCAGUGCUAGAUAAUGUUUGCAGGGAAGUUGGCAGAUUGCAUGAGAGGACAAUAAUGGGAUCAACUAGAUCCUUCCGUAUAUCUGCGAGUGCUUCCCUUCCGGUCCUCCAAAGGUAUGAACAGCGACGAGAUGCCAUUUCAGAUGAUGACAGUUCGUCAUCAUGAAACCAUCGAGAGAUUGGCAACUUAUGUUUCUCAAUCAUACCAAUCCGGUGAUCGAGGAAUGCAGUGAUUUGGCAAUUCAGAAGAUGACCAAGGAAGGUGAAAAGAAGGAAAUUUCCAUGUGUUAAAAGUCGGCAUGCUCACUUCUGUACAGAAAAAAAUAAGCAAUGCCUUGUAGGAAGGCAUCAUCAGACAGUAUUUCACACAGAUUGAAGUUAGUGAAAGCAGAGACUAUCAUCAGAGUACAAAUUAGUGUCUGAUCUACUUGUCGUCAUGUGAUAAUAUUAUUCAAGUAGUUGUAGAAAUUUGUAUUUUCUUUCCUGUUACAUGUAUCAUUUUCUCUUGGAUAGUGAGUGUUCAAAUUUUCAUCCCAAUCAUUCCUACUGAAAGGCAUAAUAGCCUUAUGCAUUCGUAA